AUGCCUCUCGCGGGAACCCCGGGCCCCAUCAAGAAGAGGAAGCCCACUCAGAUCAUUUUGGAACUGACUCAAGAAGCCAUGCCGCAAGAAGGCUCCAAGCUGAACCUGGGGAAGAAGAUCAGCAUCCCCAGGGACGUCAUGCUGGAAGAGCUCUCCCUCCUCACCAACCGGGGCUCCAAGAUGUUCAAGCUGCGCCAGAUGCGGGUGGAGAAGUUCAUAUAUGAGAACAACCCGGAUAUUUUCACCGACAGUUCUGUGGAUAAUUUUCAGAGGUUCAUCCCAUCGGUUGGAGGACACUAUGGAGUUGAUUCGUACGGUUACUCACGCAGCGGUGCGAGGAUGGUGAGCGGAGUUGCGGCCGGACCGUAUGGGUCGCACAAGCUGCAGCAUCCUCCCGCUCCUCCUCCCAAGCCUGGGAGCAAAGGUGGGGCUGGUGGAGCCGGUGGAGCUGGAGCUGGAGCUGGAGCUGGAGUUGGAGCGGGCCACACCGAGGGAUCUGCCAGUCCUGGGGGCAGAGUGGAUGGUGGAGGAAGCGACGGCACUGGCGGGAAAGGCGAUAGCAAAGGUGGGAGUGGGAAGCACGUCUCCAUUUUCAAGACCUAUAUCUCUCCCUGGGAAAGAGCUCUGGGCCUCACCCCGCAAGAGAAAAGUGAAUUCAAACUUGACCUCUUGUCUUACGGCACCAGACCAGAACUCUGUCAUUACAAAUCUUUUAACAGGACUGCAGUGCCUUACGGGGGAUAUGAGAAAGCAGCCAAGCUGAUGACCUUCCAGAUGCCCGAGUUUGACGCCGGCCCUUUGCUACCUGAGCCGCUCAUUGUGUUCAGUCAAGAAAUCACCAACAGACCCUCUUUCAACAGGACCCCAGUGCCCUGGCAGGGGUCAGGCGAACCCAACGAGUACAGCAUCGAGGUGAACGUGCCACUGGCGGGCGAAACAGAAGAACUGUAGAGCCGCCCCCUCCUCCUCUCCCGUCUGCCCAGCCGCAGGUCUCUGAUCGGGAGCUGCGCAUGCGGAGUCCUUCCCUUCGCCCUUACUUAGAACAGCCCAGUUCACGCUAGAGUCUGA